UACAUACAGUACCGAUGGACCAUGUUCCCUCCCGUGAAUACCUGAUGGCUUGAGCUGGAGCUCUUCUACUUAUUAUUAUUAUUUUGCAUCCCUUUUCAUUCACUCCAGGGUGUGUCUUGUCCUAUCUUUCUUGUCACCACAAUGAAGCUCCCUCUUUUCUUCCUACUUGCUAUCUGUAUAUCGAAAGUAGCCGCUUUCGGUCUCUACGGCUGCUACGAGCGCCUCUUAUACUGGCAAGCGUACCAAAUGGACAGCGGAUCCAAGAAGCAAAGGAUCGCAAAUGCCUGCUCUCGAGAUCCCACAACCGCUCAGGCAGUCGGUCCCAUCAGGGGAGGACGGUGCAACCUGCGUCAAUUCCUCUAUUACAUUACGGAUGACGAGGAUGAGAAGGAAAUCAUCGCGGACAAGAAUAAGCUCACGGAUGCGGACCUAGCCAAGGACAAGACGGCUCUCGAUGAAGUUGCCUCGAAGAUGUAUAAGGCUGGGGUUGGGAGGACUUAUAACCCCGGGCACAUCUAUCAGGGUCUGAGUUCGAAUUCGGGGAUUGAUAAGGUUAUUGGGAAUGUUGCUGCAUUCAUUGAGCAAAAAGGCUGGUUGGAAGCGGAAAAUGGCAAGCCGGAUCAAGAAUUGUUCGAUCUAGCUGAAAAGGCCCGAAGUCGAGUCGAGUUCGGACGAAAGGCCAACGGGGCCCGAGAUGUAGGAGCCGAGAUUCGGAAGCAAUACGAUCGAGAGGUUUGGGACAAGCAGCCAAAAAAUAAGAACGGGGAGAUUGAGAAGGACGCCCCUCUUGUGGAUGAGGGACUGGUUAAGGAGAGAAUGGCGAUUCCUGACGGAGGCGUUGGGGGAUGGCCGACGUGCGAUCUGGAGGCUGCGCAGAACUCGGUCAACGCCGCAGAAGCAGCGGCUGGUAGGGGCCCGAUGAAAUUGAAAAAGGAUUUCCUUCAGCCUUGGCAUGAUAGGGAGAGAACCCACGUGUUGAACAUCCAGGCAGCGAAAGAUGCAAAGGCGAAAAUCGCCGGUUGUUCAGCGUGAGGGAGGGAGAGAUCUGUAUGUACAUUGGAGGCUCUGGAUGUAGUGUAUGUACAUU